AUGAGGAAAAUAACAAAGCAGAAAGAGUACCAUGACCUCUUGAGUCCGACAGCUCCCAAAAUCUUUCGUAUGUUCGGAAUAGCUACACCUAAACGACCGCGCCCAGAACCAGAAAGCGAGGAAGAAGGACCAUACCGGCCUCGUCGCCGUGGCAAAGGUGAAGCAUCCUUGGGCUCUCAGGAUGAAAAGGACGAGCUUAUUACGGGAGUAGACGCGUCCGACCUGCCCAUUGCAGGAUAUAACCCAAACGGGGCGCAGAAGCGAUACCAGAAACUGCCUGCCAUUCGUAUCUUGGACUGGCAGAUAGACGGAGACGGCCAACCUAUACGCAAACCACUGAGAGACAGCACGGCGUUGACGGCUGCUUUGGUCCAAACCCGCGGCACUGAGGCGGCUGAUCCGUGCAGCUUCUGCAAAGACAAUAAAGGCACUUGGAGAAUGUGUGUCGUUGAACCUAACCCAGAUGGGAACUCGAAGCUUGCCGGAGCAUGUGCAAAUUGUCGGUUCAGUAGGAGACACAACUGUGACCUCCGAGGACACAAAGAUGAUGAAUCUGUAGAUUCGUCGCUCAGUUCCAAAGAUUCCUUGACGGAUACCACCAAUAGCAGCGUAGCGGAGGAGGUGCAGGAGAACGAAGGACAGGGUGUCCCUAUACGGGAGGAUACUCAGACGAAUGUUCAGGAACAGGUAAAGGAAUCCGACAGUCAGACCCUUACUCCGAGGUCACGUCUCGAUGGCAAGGUUGUUCCGUUUCCUCUCGGACCAGAAACUAUCAACGAUUUGCCUUUGCUUAAGCAGGCUAUCAAAGACAUCGUUGCCCACCUCAACAUACUUCAUAGGAGAGUGCAACAGCUGGAGGAGGAGCGUCAAUCGAUCAAUCCUUGGGAGUUAGUUUGA